AAUUUGUUUUUAAGAAUAUAAUUCUUAAAGAAGAAUGGCGUUGAAAGGCUUGAAAGUAUUGGAACUGGCUGGUCUAGCCCCUGCUCCUGUUUGUGGCAUGAUUCUUGCAGAUUUUGGAGCUAAGGUUACAAGGGUGGAUCGAUUAGGAGCUGGUCAUCUGAACUACGAUGUAACUGCUCGUGGAAAACAAUCUAUAUCUAUUGAUCUGAAGAAGAAAGAAGGCGUUCAGGUUUUGAGAAAGCUUUGCUUGAACCACGAUGUUCUCAUUGAACCAUUCCGACCUGGAGUAAUGGAGAAGCUUGGUCUGGGACCGGAUAAUCUUACUCAAGAAAAUCCUAAGCUGAUUUAUGCUCGAUUGACCGGUUUUGGACAAACCGGACCUUACAAACAUAUGGCUGGCCACGAUAUCAACUACCUAGCCUUGUCUGGCGUUCUUUCUUCAUUGGGACGGAAAGGGGAAAACCCUUAUGCUCCGAUCAAUCUUUUGGCGGAUUUUGCUGGCGGAAGCUUUGUUUGCGCAAUGGGUAUAAUGGCAGCUCUCCUGGAACGUAGCGUAUCUGGGAAAGGACAGGUGAUAGACAGCUGUAUGGUAGAAGGAGCAGCUUAUGUUAGUUCAUGGCUUUUUGCGUCAAGGGAUAUGUUUGUGUGGGGUAAGCCAAGAGGAGAAAAUUUUCUUGACACAGGACAUCAUUUUUAUGAGACUUAUAAAACUAAAGAUGAUAAAUAUAUGUCUGUGGGUGCCUUAGAACCUCACUUUUAUAGUGUACUACUGGAUAAGCUAUCUCUAACAGAUGAAGAACUGCCUCAGUUUGAUGAUCCUGAUGAAAUGAAGAAGAAACUAGGCAGAAUUUUCAGCACUAAAACUCAGAAAGAAUGGUCUGAUAUAUUUGAUGGUUCUGAUUCAUGUGUAACCCCAGUGCUAGAAAAGGAAGAUACAGCUGAUCAUCCUCAAAAUAAAUUCAGGGGUUCCUUCCUACCUGGGGGUAUGCCUAGACCUGCCCCCCUUCUCAGUCGAACCCCUGCUAUACCAGCAACAUUAGAGUGUAGUGUGGUAGCUGGAGCAGAUACUAGAUCAGUUCUCCUGGAGAAUGGAUAUACAGGUUCAGAGAUAGAUACACUCCUACUCCAGGGUGUAGUGGAGACUCCAGACAAGUCCAAACUAUGAUCAGGGAAAGAAAAACCACCUACUGCAUUAGUGAUAUACAAUUAGAACAAUUUGGAUUGUGAAGUAUAACAAUAGUUCAGGGAUUUUUAAUUAACAUGGAAAUCUAAGAAUGAGAAUUUUACUUCUAAAUUGACGAAUUGGGUUUUUAAUAAAUUCGUAUGAUUCGAA